GAGGGACAGAAAGAGAGAUAGAGAAAGUUUGAAUAGAUACAGAACCGAACCACUGAAGUCAAGACCUCUUUAGUCCAUUAAAGGGAAAGACAGAAGAGAGAGAGAAAGAUUGACAUUUGUCCUGUCUGUCUCACAUCGGGGAACAGCGGUAUACUGUAACGCCAGCAGCAGGAACGUGGACACAACUGCACAGAAUGUCUAAACAGCCAUCGUCCAAUGUAAAAGCCCUGCAGGCCAACCUUAAUAUUCCGAUGGGGGCUCUGCGUCCUGGGGCGGGACAUCCUGUGAAGAAGAGAGAAGAUACAGUAGAUGUAGAGGAGGCAUCCCCAGUGACUCCAGAGGAGAAAAAGGCCCUCCCUGGUGGCGUGAAACUACCAGGCCCCGCCGUCGACCUUUCUGAGCUCCAGAACGUAAAGAGUGAACUCAAAUGGGUCACCAAGGACUAAACGACACAGGUGACUUCGUCCCCAGUUUUUCCAAGGCUUUGGUUGCUAUCUCCAUCCAGUCAGGUUCAUGUAUUUACCACAACUCCCAGAGAAUCGGUUGCAAAGAAAUCAACGACAAGCCUUAAUGAUGACACUACCUACUGACCCGAGAAUAAUGGAUUAUAUAUCAUAGCAAAGACUGAUGGGAACUGAGCAACUCGAAGCUCUGAACCAGGGUUUAGUCUGUCUAAAAUAGGUCACCACUUUUUAAACCUCCCUGUAUGCUAUUCUGUAUUUUGUUUUAAAAUGUACUGUGUGUUUAACUUAAAGGGAUAGUUCACCCAAAACAAUGCAUAUUCUGUCAUUUACUCACCCUCACUUGUAAACUAUCCCUUUAAAGUUUGAUUUUAUAGAAGUUCUGUGUUCUCCUACUACCAUCAAUGAAUCAUAAAACAGAAUAUAUGAGACUGAAGACAUUAGGUAGUGUGAUUCAUCUUAAAAUUCCUCUUUUCUCCUUAAAAAAAAAACAAAAAACAGAUUUUGUCUUAAAACAACUUGAACAAAUGUGACACCAUAAAAUCUAAUUUCUUUUAAUGUAUUUUAUGUCUAGAAGAUUAAUAUGCAAAUAAUUGCUAUAAAAUUUAUUAAUACGUCAGAAUGUCAUGCAUUUCAUUUGGUUAAGUUUCCUUUGAUUGACAGCCCUACUUAAAACGUCUCAUGCUGCAGGCUUGUUUUCACUCCCUACACAUCUCUUUCUUUAUCUAUGGCUUUGUUCUUGUGUGUUGCAGUACAUGAGUAGGCUGUUGCAUAAUAAAACAUGAUUUCACGUUCUCUCGAAGAGCAAACCCGUAGGAGGAAGCCAGCACUUGUUAUCCUUGAACAAAUAGAACUGGAUUUCAAAUGUCGCACCAUUGGUUUGUUAUGUACAUAAACUGGGAUCAGUUUAACAGUGUAAAGUUGCUUUUCUCCUCACUUGUAAAUCACAUCAUAUGUGUCUGUACUGCUCUAUGAUCUAGUUUACUAGCAGCAGGUGUCGUGACCUUUGAGUGAAAGUGUCCUUAUUAAAGAUCAUGUAUUGCUCCUCAGUCUGCAUUAAGAGCUGGGAAACACAUGCAUAUAUAAUUCAGAUAAACUGUCUAUUCCUUCA